ACGCUUCAGUGCAUUUCCAGCUCAAGACUAUACCAAAGGCUCAUGGCAGCGAAUCAGAGAUUACCCCCACCACCACCAUCGUCCCUCCGCAUCGCUCUGCUCUCGUGCGGCGAGCCCAGCACUAGCAGUGCCUUUAUCGCUCAACAUGGCGACUUGUGUCAACGGCUCGAGACAUUUCUUCAACGCACCGCGCCGGUCGGGCUGGGCGCGGUCCCUUUCGUUUCACAGGUAUAUGAUGUCACUCAGAUGGUCUACCCAACCUCUCCGGGUAUUUCGGGUACAGACAAUGUACAGGUGGAGGGUGGGAUAGAAGUUUUCGACGCGAUUGUGGUCGCCGGUUCUACCAGCAGACCCUAUGACGACGAGGAGUGGAUACUCGAGGUGGUUGAAUACCUGCAGCGCGUGAUGGCGGAGUGUCCAGACUUGAAACUCAUAGGGAUAGGCAUCGGCCACUAUAUUGUCGGUGCAACCUUCGGUACAUUGCCAGAUCCAGGGUCAAGUCUAAUCACGAGCUGUGAAAACGGAUCUUCAAGCGAGAAAAGGACGGAUUGGGAACCUCGAAAGAGAAUACAUCAGCUCAUUAGCUCCGCGGUGUUCUCCGUCAGACUAGCUGCGCGUCUUCGUUUACUUGGAGAGCGUAAGCGGUCACAGGCGCCCGUUCUAGGUGUCUGGGGACGCUCAGAGAGCGCAGUCAAUCGAGGAAUGAUUAGCCUUCGCGCGGCCGACAUCCUCUCUUCAUCAACUUCUUCAAGUCUCCCUGGCGGGGCGUCUACACUGACGCUCAGCAGCAGUGGAGAUGACCUCAAUAAAGUAAAUGCAGCUGAACGCGGAGACAGUUCCCCCGAAGCGUCCGCCAGCCCCUUGAACAGCGGUAACGCCAACGACAUCGCCAUUAGCAACGCUUACGCCGGCAUCUUCACCUGCCAGGGACAUCCCGAGCUUGCCACAGAAACGGCACGUGCACUCGUCGACGCUCUCGAAGGUAACGAUGUCAUUUCUGCGAAAGCCGCCGAGGACCAUCGGCUUCGGGAAAGCCUUAACGAAGACGGCGAGAGGUGGGAAGAUGGCGAUGGCGACGAGGUUGGGCAGGUGAUAUGGCGGGUGCUCUUGGGGAAGGACGUUGUGGUGAAGGGAGAAGGGCGGGAGCGUGGAACCCGAAGCUGGGGAGACACGUACUGCCGGAGGGCGCGUGCGAUAGUGGCCUUCGUGACGAUGAUGACGGGGGUCGUGUGGUAUGUCCAGAUUAACAGGACGGGUUUUUGA